AAUACGCAAUUGUCAUUUCAUGCCCCUAACUAUCAGGCAGCCCCACAAGCCCUGCCGUACUUCUCAGAAUCACCCCCACAUGAUUGUGUUUUGAUCAUUGUCGUUAAGAUCCAAAGUGACUGCCGAAAGAGAUACUAGGAAAGAGGUAGCCAGCUAUUAACAACCGAGCAAGAUCAUGAACCUCUCAAAUUCCCAAUAAAUAUCCAACUUGUUCAUCUUUUCCUUCAUGCAUCUAUCUAAUGCAGCAUGGCAUUUUUGCAAGAAAGAUUAGUCAUCUCAGGCCUCUUGAUCUUCUGCUGCAUGACCGCAGUGGUUGCUUCACGUAAUAGAUAUUACACGCCUCCACCCGUUACCCAUUUAACAGACUACUUUCCUCGUGUCUCAAUUGAUCAAGGCUUUUCCAACUUCUUUGGAGGCUCAAAUGUCCAGAUCACCAGUAAUGGCUCCGAGGCCAAUCUUGUUCUCGACAAAUCCGCAGGAUCCGGAUUGGUCUCGAAAAAUAAAUAUUAUUAUGGAUUCUUCAGUGCUGCAAUUAAGCUGCCGUCCAGUCUCUCAUCUGGAGUUGUAGUAGCAUUCUAUCUGUCAAAUGCAGAUAUUUUCCCUCAUACCCAUGAUGAGAUUGACAUCGAGCUGCUUGGUCAUGAUAAAAGAAAUGACUGGGUCCUCCAAACAAACAUAUACGCUAAUGGAAGCGUAAGCACUGGAAGAGAAGAGAAAUUCUAUCUCUGGUUUGACCCAACAGAACAGCAUCAUCAAUACAGCAUCAUCUGGAACAACCAUCACACAGUGUUUCUAGUGGACAAUAUACCUGUAAGAGAGUUUCCUCGGAACAGCGCCUUCCCAUCUGUUUAUCCGUCAAAACCCAUGUCAGUUUACGCAACAAUUUGGGAUGGGUCACAAUGGGCAACUCAUGGAGGAAAAUACCCAGUUAAUUACAAAUAUGCUCCAUUUGUAGCUUCGUUUGCAGACAUGGAAAUGAGCGGCUGCGUAUGGAAUCCAAAAGGGUCGGUUUCUUCGUGUUCUACUAAAGCUGGUGUUCCUAGCUCCGAUCCGCUUGAGGGACAAGAGUUUGUUAGGCUAUCAAAGCAGCAGAUGGAGGCAAUGGACUGGGCAAGAAGGAAGCUAAUGUUUUACUCAUAUUGUAAAGAUCCAUCUAGGUUUAAAAUCCUACCACCGGAGUGCAAGUAAUUAAUAGGAUUUUGGGUUUUUAUUUAUUUAUUUUUUACAAUUUUUUUCUCCACAAAAGAUCGAGGAAGUGAAUAACACUAAAUGCAUUUUCACA